GGAGCUGCUGUCCCGGGGCUCAUGGCGCACACGGUGCCCCCCGCGCCGGCGGGGCCCGGCGGUGCCCAGUGCUGUGUCUGCAGGGUCGAGUUGUCUGUCUGUGGCCAGAACCUUCUGGACAGGGAUGUCACUUCCAAAUCCGACCCCUUCUGCGUCCUCUUCAUGGAAGUCAACGGGAAGUGGGUGGAGCUGGACAGGACAGAGACAGCUGUGAACAACCUCAACCCAGCUUUUGCCAAGAAGUUCAUUGUUGACUACCACUUUGAAGAAGUGCAGAAGCUUAAGUUUGCCCUGUUUGACCAGGACAAGUCGAGCAUGCAGCUGUAUGAGCAUGACUUCCUGGGUGAAUUCUCCUGUACCCUGGGCAUGAUUGUGUCCAGCAAGAAAAUCACCAGGACCCUCCUCCUGGGGAAUGGGAAGCCAGCCGGGAAAGGGAUGAUAACGAUAGCUGCCCAGGAGCUCUCAGAUAACAGGGUGAUUACUCUCAGCAUGGCCGGCAGGAAACUGGACAAAAAGGACUUGUUUGGAAAGUCAGACCCCUUCUUGGAGUUUUACAAACCAGGUGACGAUGGGAAGUGGAUGCUGGUCCACAGAACAGAGGUGAUCAAGUACACCCUGGACCCUGUCUGGAAGCCCUUCACUGUGCCUUUGGUGUCCCUGUGUGAUGGAGACGUUGAGAAGCCGGUCAAGGUGGUGUGUUAUGACUAUGACAGUGAUGGGGGACACGACUUCAUUGGGGAGCUCCAGACCUCGGUGGCCAGGAUGUGUGAAGCUCAAGAUGCCCUUCCACUGGAGCUGGAGUGCAUCAACCCCAAGAAGCAGAAGAAGAAAAAGAAUUACAAGAACUCUGGGAUCAUCAUCGUCAAGUCCUGCAAAAUAACCAGAGAUUUCUCCUUCCUGGACUACAUUCUGGGAGGCUGCCAGCUGAUGUUCACUGUUGGGAUUGACUUCACAGCCUCCAAUGGAAACCCACGAGACCCCUCCUCCUUGCACUACAUCAACCCCAUGGGGACAAACGAGUACUUGUCAGCUCUCUGGUCUGUUGGCCAGAUCAUCCAGGACUACGACUCAGACAAGAUGUUUCCUGCUCUGGGAUUUGGUGCCCAGCUCCCACCGGACUGGAAGGUGUCCCACGAGUUUGCCAUUAACUUCAACCCCACAAACCCCUUCUGUUCAGGUGUGGAGGGCAUUGUCCAAGCCUACUCAGCCUGCCUGCCCCACAUCCGCUUCUACGGACCCACCAACUUCUCCCCCAUCAUCAACCACGUGGCUCGGUUUGCAGCCCAGGCCACCCAGCAGCAGGCUGCCUCUCAAUACUUCAUCCUCCUCAGCAUCACGGACGGGGUGAUCAGCGACAUGGACUAGACGCGGCAGGCGGUGGUGCAGGCCUCCCGGCUGCCCAUGUCCAUCAUCAUCGUGGGGGUGGGCAACGCCGACUUCGCCGCCAUGGAGUUCCUGGACGGGGAUGGGCGGGUGCUGCGCUCCCACACCGGCGAGGAGGCCCUGAGGGACAUCGUCCAGUUCGUGCCCUUCCGCGAUUUCCGCAACGCCCCCAAGGAGACCCUGGCCAAGGCGGUGCUGGCGGAGCUGCCCCAGCAGGUUGUGCAGUACUUCAAGCAGCAGAACCUGCCGCCCAUCAACUCGGAGCCGGCCUAG